CAACAGCAUCUCCAGGCUCAACAGUCUCAACAGCAGCACCAGGCUCAACAGUCUCAACAGCAGCUCCAGGCUCAACAGUCUCAACUGCAGCGCCAGGCUCAACAGUCUCAACAGCAGCUCCAGGCACAACAGUCUCAACUGCAGCAUCAGGUUCAACUGUCUCAACAGCAGCUCCAGGCUCAACAAUCUCAACAGCAGCUCCAGGCUCAACAGUCUCAACAGCAGCUCCAGGCUCAACAGUCUCAACAGCAGCUCCAGGCUCAACAGUCUCAACUCCAGGCUCAACUGUCUCAACAGCAGCUCCAGGCUCAACAGUCUCAACAGCAGCACCAGGCUCAACAGUCU